AUGGCUCACAUCCUCGCCAACUCCCCAGUGGGCUUGAUCGGCCACUGGCUCUCCAGGGGUUGUCUGUUUAAGCCCACCGAGCAGAGGCCAGGGUUCAAGUUGCCACAGCCAUAUCAACUCGCGGCAGCUGGCAGCGAUAUCGUCCAUGACCAGUCGAGCACACUGGAGGGCAAGAAGGGGACCCGCAUCGCAAAUGAAUCAGUGUCCGAAGGCAGAAGAACAGGCUCCCAGACCCAAGCACAUAGCCCGAUCGUCCUGCAGCUGCAGCAACAAGAACAGCAACAACCUUUAUGGAAUGAUCCCAUUAUUAUGUCCGAUGGGACAAUUCAGGUCGACUGGUACUCCGAUCAGGACCCAGACAAUCCGCAUAACUGGUCGAUCGCCGCCAAGCUCCUGGUGCAUAUCACAGUCAAUCUCUUUACCUUCAUGGUCUACAUCUCAGUGGCCAUCUUCUCGGCCGCAGAGGAGGAAUUCACGACCCUGUUCGGCGUGACGCACUCUGUGAGCGCGAUGGGAAUGGCGCUGUCUGUGCUGGGGUAUGGUACAGGGCCUAUGAUUUGGAGUCCCCUCUCAGAAAUCCCAUCCAUAGGUCGCAAUCCCCCUUACGGGAUUUCCAUCACAAUUUUCCUACUACUCAGCAUUCCGACUGCGCUCGUUAAUAAUGUUCCAGGCUUUUUGGUUCUGCGGUUUCUCCAGGGAUUCUUUGGCUCCCCCGGGCUGGCUACCGGUGGUGCUUCUAUCGCCGAUGUCACCGAGCUUCAGAAUCUUCCGUAUGGCCUCUACGUCUGGGGAACAUGCGCCGUUGCAGGCCCAGCCGUGGCCCCGGUCAUUGCAGGCUUCAGUGUCCCCGUAAAGGGUUGGCGCUGGUCUAUGUGGGAAGUCCUCUGGGCCGCGGGGGUUUGCUUUGUAUUUCUCAUCUUCCUGCCCGAGACCUCUGGUCCAGCCAUUCUACACCUGCGCGCAAAAAGGCUCCGAGCUCUCACGGGCAAUCCAGCCUUCCAAUCCCAGUCCGAGAUCGAGGUCAAAAAUACCUCGCCUAUGCAGACUCUCUACGAUGCCUUGAUCGUCCCCUGGAAGAUCAAUGCGUUGGACCCUGCCAUCUUAUUCAGCACGAUCUAUAUCGGGCUUGUUUACGCCAUCUUCUACUCAUACUUCGAGGUCCUUCCGCUCGUAUACAUCGGGAUUUACCAUAUGAGCCUCGGGCAGAUGGGUCUCAUCUUCCUGGCCGCCAUCGUGGGCACCAUCGUGGUCCUCCCAUACUACUUCUGGUUCACCCACUACUCCCUGAACGGAGACUUUCGUCGGGGCCAAGUUCCCCGACCAGAGAAUAGACUCGUCCCUGCGCUUUUUGGGAGUAUCCUUGUACCUAUUGGCUUGUUUAUGUUUGCGUGGACCUCGCGUGAAUCGAUCCACUGGAUAGUGCCGACGGUGGGUAUGGUCCUAGAGGUGGCAGGCAUGGCGCUGGUCCUUCAGUGUAUAUUCAGUUACAUUGCCGUGGCUUAUGUCACCUAUAGCGCGAGUCUGUUUGCGAUUAAUGAUCUGUGUCGUGCGUAUUUCGCAUUUGGGGCGAUCCUUGUGUCGAAGCCUAUGUAUGGUCAUCUAGGUGUGUCCAAGGGGACGACCGUGUUGGCGGGUCUUACUGUGGGCUGUGUAGCGGGCAUGUUUAUAUUGUACUGGCUUGGGCCGGAGUUGCGGAGGCGAAGUAGAUAUGCUCAGCCUGACUAA